UGAUUUAAUGCUUUGUCAUUUUAUUUCUUGUGAUUCCAGAAUCUCAUUUUCAGCUUCUGCCGGAGCCAGUAGCAGUUGGGAAAGAAGGCUGUGCUCUUUAAAGAGCGUCAGCCAGCCUUAAAGAGCAGAAUGGAUCUUGACGUGGUUAACAUGUUUGUGAUUGCGGGCGGGACGCUGGCCAUCCCAAUCCUGGCAUUUGUGGCCUCAUUUCUCCUGUGGCCUUCUGCACUGAUAAGAAUCUAUUACUGGUACUGGCGGAGGACAUUGGGCAUGCAGGUCCGCUACGUUCAGCAUGGAGACUAUCAGUUCUGUUACUCCUUCCGGGGCAGGCCUGGGCACAAGCCCUCCAUCCUCAUGCUUCACGGAUUCUCUGCGCACAAGGAUAUGUGGCUCAGCGUGGUCAAGUUCCUUCCAAAGAACCUACACUUGGUCUGCGUGGACAUGCCAGGACAUGAAGGAACCACUCGCUCCUCCCUAGAUGACCUGUCCAUAGAUGGGCAAGUCAAGAGGAUACACCAGUUUGUAGAAUGCCUCAAGCUGAACAAAAAACCCUUCCACCUGGUAGGCACCUCAAUGGGUGGCCAUGUAGCAGGCGUGUAUGCUGCUUACUACCCAUCGGAUAUCUCCAGCCUAUGUCUCGUGUGCCCCGCUGGCCUGCAGUACUCUUCGGAUAAUCAGUUUGUGCAGCGGCUCAAAGAACUGCGGGAGUCUGCUGCCGUGGAGAAGAUUCCCUUGAUCCCAUCCACCCCAGAAGAGAUGAGCGAAAUGCUCCAGCUCUGCUCGUAUGUGCGCUUCAAGGUGCCCCAGCAGAUCCUGCAAGGCCUGGUCGAUGUCCGCAUCCCCCAUAACAACUUCUACCGAAAGCUGUUUUUGGAAAUCGUCAAUGAGAAGUCCAGAUACUCUCUCCAUCAGAACAUGGACAAGAUCAAGGUCCCAACGCAGAUCAUCUGGGGAAAACAAGACCAGGUGCUCGAUGUGUCUGGGGCGGACAUGUUGGCCAAGUCAAUUGCUAACUGCCAGGUGGAACUUCUGGAAAACUGUGGGCACUCAGUGGUGAUGGAGAGACCCAGGAAGACAGCCAAGCUCAUUGUCGACUUCUUAGCUUCUGUGCCCAGCACAGACAACAAUAAGAAGCUGGACUGAGGUGCCGACUGCAGCCUGCAUUCCGCACGCGGCAUCCGCUCCCAUCCCCAAAUGCGACGCGGCCACCACACUCUCAGGGAUCCUGCCCCAAAUGCGGUCAGAGCGCCAGCGUCCCUGAGGAAGCCAGUCCCCUCUCCCUGGUAUCCACAGUUCCACCGAGCUUCGGGGGCCACAAGAAAAUCUCCAAGAUCUUUUUUCACAAAAUGGAAAUUCAUAGGGAACAAAAUAAGAAAACCCAGCCACGAAAUCUACUGAGAAGUCUUCAAGUUCGUGUCGUUGACAAGCUUGUGCAAAACAGCCACCUUGGACCAUAAUCAUUGAGGACACUUUCUUUGCAUAGACUGAGACUGGUAUUUUUGUUGCUUCAGAUCUAUUCCCUUGCAUGGUCAGUGGCUUUUAUAGAAGCAUUAGUCCCCAUGCGCUGAACCCUGUUGUGUAGGUCUAAUUUAAGUUUUACAUAGAGACCCCUGUAUGAAUGUAGCCCGUCAGCUGCAAGACCAGGGAGGGAAAUGGCAAGCUGUAGGAUACGUACACACGUGGAGGGGCAUUGUCCCGCCUGGCCAGCCCGUGGAACUGCGGGAGCAGCAGAGCUCACGGGCAGGUGGUUUGUUGGGCACCCACAGGUCGGGUAUGUCGUGAGUGAACUCAGAACAGUCACAGAAUGAAGAACACCUGGCAGGGUGGGUUUCCUAGGAAUAAUUUAUUAUUUUUGAAAAUAGGACUAAUAAAGCAAUAAAGUUCUAGACAUAUAUCUAAAUAAUCAGACUCAGGUUCCACACACAAGCAACACCCCGUGGGCCUCUUUUCUAUUCUGCUGUGCCACUGAAACCCUUGGAUAAAAUACCCGUUUGUUAAUGAAUUCCGUGAAUUCUGUGAACAGUAAUUGAAAAUAAGUCUAAACAGCUGUAAAAAUGACCACAAUGACAUGAAAUAAAUUUAGUAAGUCUAGAUCAGCAACA